CGCGUCGAUCCGCGGUUCCAGCGGGUGCCGAAGAAGGAAUCGAAGGUGGCGAUCGACUCUCGAUUCGCGAAGAUGUUGUCGGAUAAAAGUUUCGAUUCGUCGUCGGCGCCUGUUGAUAAGAGAGGGAAACCGAAGAAGGAGAAGGAGGUGAAUCCUUUGACGCGUUAUUAUCAUAACGAGGAAGAGGAGAGAGAAGAGGAGGAGGAGGAGGAUGAAGAGAGAGAAAGUGGAUCGGAGGUCGAAGUUUCAGAGGGGGAGAGUUCGUCGACUGAUGAUGAGGAUGAGUAUGAUUUCGACGACGAAGAGGACAUAGUACAAAGCGAUAUUGCUACUUAUCUGAUGGCAGGCCAUGAGGAUACAUCAUUAACAUUAACUGAACAAGAGACUAACAGACUUGCAGUUGUUAAUAUGGACUGGGAUCAUAUAAAGGCUGUUGAUCUGUAUGUAACAAUAAGUUCAUGCCUCCCGAAAGGUGGACAGAUUCUGUCGGUGAGUAUUUAUCCAUCUGAAUUUGGUCUUAAGUGCAUGGAGGUUGAGGCAGUUCGUGGCCCAUCUGCUCUGAUCAAUAACAAUGAAGAACAUAGCGAAGAUGAAUCGGAGAGUGAAGAUGAAAACGUACGUAAUGAAAAACUACGAACAUAUGAGUUGAAUAAAUUAAGUUAUUACUAUGGCGUUGUGGUGUUUGAUUCAGUUGCUACUGCGAGCCACAUUUAUAAGAAUCUUGAUGGCACUGAGCUUCUAAGAACGUCAAAUGUGUUUGACUUGCGAUUCAUUCCUGACUCUAUGGAGUUUAAGCAUCCUCCUCGUGACAUGACAGCUGAGCCACCUACAAGCUACAACGUACCAGAUUUCCAUACUCGUGCUUUACAACACAGCAAGGUUAACUUAACAUGGGAGGAAGAUGAACCGAAUCGUACAAAGUUUUUGAAACGGAAGUUCAACACUGAUCAGCUGGAUGAGUUGAAUGAAUACUUGGCUUCCAGUGAUAGUGAUGCUAGUGACGAGGAAGAAGAAAUUGAUGGCAGUGAGAAUGAAGAUGCAGGGGUUCCGCCUGAUGGUAAAUCCAAAAAACAUAUGCAUAAAGAAAAGUUACGAGCGCUUCUACUCUCUGGAGAUGGCUCUGGUUCAGAUAAAGAUGAUGAUGAGGACAAUGACCAAGAAAUGGAAAUCACAUUUAAUACUGGCCUUGAGGACCUAAGCAAGCGCAUUCUCGAGAAAAAGGAUAAAAAAUCCGAAACUGUCUGGGAACAAGUUCUUCGAAAAAGAAGCGAGAAGAGAAAGGCAAGGAAGAAUCGGUCAAAGUACUCUGAUGAUGAUGAUGAUGACAGUGAUUCCGAUGUCCAAGAAGCAACUGAUCAGCCUGAUGAUUUCUUUAUGGAAGAAGAGCCUUCUGAUUCUGAUGCAGAGGUUGCCGAUAAGAAGAAGGGAGAUUCAAAAAAGAGUAAAAAAGGUAAGAGUAGUAGAAAAGAGAGGAAGAAGUCUCUGGAUGAAUACAAGGACCAGGAAGUGAGUAAAGCAGAACUGGAGCUGUUGUUCGCGGAAGAUCAAGAUGGUAAAGGUCAGAAUGCAAAGGGGUACAAGAUCAAACUUAAGAAGGGCAAAGGAAAGAAGGGGAAGGAAGAAUCUCUUGAGGCUAAGUUACCUGAUGUUGAUCCCUCAUCUGAUCCUCGAUUCUCUGCCUUAUUCAAUUCUCAUCUCUUUGCCUUGGAUCCCACUGAUCCACAGUUUAAGAGGAGUGCUGCGUAUGCUCGUCAGAAGCUUGGAAAACAGAAGAUAGUGAAGAAAACAGGGCAAUCAGAAGAAACCGCAAAUGUACCGGAACAAGUUGAGAUCUCUAAUAACGAUCCGAAGAAGAAGGAGAAGUACGAGUUGUCAUCAACUGUUCAGUCACUUAAGAGAAACCUGGGAAAUCUGAAAAAGGGUACCAGGAGCAGAUGAUUUUCUUUAUUUUUGUACCUUCAUCUUAUACUGGCUGUGAAGAAUUUUGUUAGCUUCGUAGUAUUUUAUUUCCGGCCUGUUAUUUAUGCUGUUGUGAGAUGCGGCUGCUUUAGUAGAGGAAAAUUGAGAGCAGGGAAAAAAAAAAGAGAGGCUCGGGUUAUGUUUUUCUGAGUACAAAAUACAGGGUGCGUGACUGAUUUUGUACUAUGUUAUUAUUGUACUCAAGCGUGUAUUUGUGAAUUGUUAUUGACACCCAUUUCUAUUUUUCAAAGAUACUUCAAUGGUGUAUA